GGAAAACGUGUUUAAAUAGAGGCAUGGGCGCCUCUACCAGCAUAUCGCACCACUGCGAGCUUAAUAGUGUGAGGAGCCCAGAUCUCGGUACAGCACCAUGCCUAGCAUCAAGUAUACCUACUUCGACGGGCGCGGGCUCGGCGAGGUCAACCGGGUGAUCCUGGCGGCCGGCGGGAUAAAGUACGAGGACGUCCGCCUGCAUGAGAGCAAGUGGUCGGGGAUGAAACCAACAACCCCGAUGGGAGAGCUCCCCCUGCUGGAAGUUGACGGAACGACAAUCUGUCAGAGUAACAGCAUCGCUCGGUACAUCGCCAGAGAAGCAGGGCUGGCGGGAAAGAGUUCGCUGGAGCAGGCCAAGGUGGACAUGAUCAUGGAGGGGGCGAGGUCCCUGUUUGACAAGGCCGCACAAAUCUUCAUCCUACCCGAAGCAGAAAAGGCGGUGAGGAAGAAGAAGCUCGAGGAAAAGGAAGCCCCAGAGUUGUUGGAGUACCUGAACAAACUGGCGAGCGGCAAGGGGUAUUUUGUCGGCGAUCAGUUGACAGCGGCUGACAUCGCCCUCUACGUCAACUAUGAGUCCGUGGGGUCCCUGACGAUCGCCCUGCCCAGUCUGGACAAGUAUCCCAACCUCAAGAAGGUGGCCGACAAUGUCAAGACCAACCCUGGUAUCGCCAAUUGGCUGAAGGAGCGCCCAGUGACCACCUACUGACCAUCAUCUUUGACCACUGGCGCAAUCUCCUACCUAGCUCAUAUGUCAAUGUAGAUACCACGUAAGGUAUUCACUGCACGAAAUCCUACAUUUAAGCAAACCUGAAAGUAUGCGUAAAGGUAUACCUAAGUAAAGAAACGUAAUCUUUAAGCGUACUUGAAUGUGUGCGUUAAGAAUGCGUUAUCUUUGUGUAACGAUUGUGAACUUUUGAACUUGUUGUGAUCUGAUGUUCUUCCUACUGUUUAUCUAUAGAAAACGACGCACAAGACAGACAUUUGAUUCGGUCAAUUUUGCCUUGCCUUUAAAAUCACAUGCUAGCACAUUACGAUCGGAACGUGGCUACAAGUUAUCUUUGUCAUGUAAACUCGGGUCAGACUUAUAACAUCGACUUACUUCAUAGAUAAAACCUUUCACGAAAAACUUGCCAUCGUGACUACUUGCAAUGCUGUGUUUUGUGUAUUGUCCAAUUUGUAGAUGUGGAGUUAACGUUGUUACUGUUGUUUUCCUUUGUUUGACACUUGUAUUUUGUGAGUUUUGUCAUGUCUCAGUAUGGUUUACAAUAAAGUCACCCAAGGAGAUUGUAAUAAAGGCAUUUUGUGUUAUGUAUUUAAUUCGGGGGUAUCAACUUGAACCAUAUGUAUGUAUUUAAUUACAUGGUACAUGUAUUAAACUUGAACAACUGCAAUUAACACGAUUAUUUUGCUGAUGUUUUAAACACAGUAAUAAACAUACCAAAUAAUGCUAAGAAACAUUCUUAACCAUUAUUAGCAUUGCAUAAUGUAUCAA